GGACCAACCCGGUCCUUGUUGAAACUUGAAAGUGAAACUAUUGAAAUACUCGAACCCAAAAUAAAAUUAAAGAUAAAAUAAAGUGGCGAAUGUAUGAAUUGAAGAUUUUCAAUUGUUGAGGCGAAAACACCGCCACCACCUGCGAACGCCGAUUAGGAAAGGGUGAUAAGAUGGAAGCAGAGGUAGUGGACGCUGAGCUAGUGCUGCCGAAUUACCUCAGUUUUAAGAGAGUUCAGAUGCAUGAGAAAUACCCUAAAGGCCAAUCUAGAGGGAGGCACUGGAAACAUCUUAAGCAGAUUAUUCAAGCUGAGAAUUAUCAGAAUUACCCUCCUGAUCAACCCAAUUAUGUCAAUAUUGAGUCACCCCCCUCCAUGCAUCCCUGCAAGAGAAUUUGUGAUAUUACAGGCUAUGAGGCACCUUACUAUGAUCCUAGGACUACCCUCCGAUAUGCAAACACCGAUGUUUUCAAGAUCAUCAGGGCGCUUCCUAAUGAUUAUGUGCAGAGAUACCUAGCUCUAAGAAAUGCAGCAGUAGUUCUCAAGUAGUUUUAUGGCUUUCCUGACUUAUGAGACACCUUAUUCUUAUCCCUUCAUUCUUACUUUAACAACUUUUUAGGAUGUGUUUACCAUGUAUAAUGUCGCUCUUUGUCCCUAAUUUGGUCUUGUCUGAUAUUUUGUAAAUUACAAGAUUUCUAUUGAUAAAUAGCAUUGCCAAUUUAUUAAUUACUAA